GAUACUUCUCUCCUUCCUGCUCACUCUUAAACGCCAGGGAAGGAAGGAGACUCUCUCAUGGGAAGGAAGUCCAUAACUGAAAAUAAAAGAAAAAAAAAAUAACGGAAGAGAGAAAAUAAUAAUAAAAUCGCUCACCCUCCCUUACUUGGUGGAUUCAUCGUCUUCCUCCUCCGCCGCGGCAGUAACAUCAACCGCCGUGGUCAUUCCUCUCCGUUAUCUGAGAUCUGAAUUUGAUCUAAAUAAAAGAAAGAAAGAGAUGGGUGGAACAAGCAAGACGGAUCAAAAAGCGGCUUUAGACAUUGCAUCAUGGCUCUUCAAUGUCGUUACUUCCGUUGGAAUCAUCCUCGUCAACAAAGCCUUGAUGGCCACUUACGGCUUUAGUUUCGCUACGACGUUAACCGGUUUGCACUUCGGAACAACCACACUGCUGACUACUUUCUUGACGUGGCUCGGUUACAUCCAACCUUCUCAGCUUCCCUGGCCCGAUCUUCUCAAGUUCGUUUUGUUCGCUAACUUCUCUAUCGUUGGCAUGAACGUCAGCCUCAUGUGGAACUCUGUUGGCUUCUACCAGAUCGCCAAGCUUAGUAUGAUCCCCGUUUCUUGUCUUCUAGAAGUUGUUCUUGACAAGGUCAGGUACUCGAGAGAUACGAAGCUCAGCAUUUUGUUGGUUCUUGCUGGUGUUGCCGUCUGUACUGUUACCGAUGUUAGUGUCAACCUCAACGGGUUCCUCGCUGCCGCUAUUGCUGUCUGGAGCACCGCCCUUCAGCAAUACUAUGUACAUCAUCUACAGCGGAAAUAUUCGCUUGGCUCUUUCAAUCUGCUGGCUCAUACGGCUCCAGUGCAAGCUGCAUCCUUGUUGUUGGUUGGACCUUUUCUAGACUACUGGUUGACUAACCAAAGAGUUGAUGCUUUCAACUUUUCAUUUGUUUCUCUGUUCUUCUUAAUACUCUCGUGCAGUAUUGCGGUCGGGACCAAUCUCAGCCAAUUCAUUUGUAUCGGAAGAUUCACGGCGGUGUCUUUCCAAGUACUUGGUCACAUGAAGACGAUCCUGGUUUUGGUUUUGGGAUUCACUUUCUUCGGCAAGGAAGGCUUAAACAUGCAAGUGGUACUUGGAAUGCUCAUUGCCAUCCUCGGUAUGAUCUGGUACGGUAAUGCAUCUUCUAAACCGGGAGGUAAAGAGCGUCGUAGCCUCUCUAUUCCCAUUACCAAGGCACAUAAACUCAGUAGUUUAUCUGAAACAGCCGAGUCUGAUGAAAAGGUCUAAUAAGAAACAAUUAAUCGGCAUUGACAUAGAAA